AUGGACAAUCACUCAUCAUCUAACAAACGCCUCCGAGUCGACUCACUCGACUCGGAAUCCGACUCUCCCGAGGUCAAGCGUCUCCGGGACGACCUCCUCGGCCUUCUCGACGACGCCGACCCGGAUCCCACCGUUCAAGAUCUCGAUUCCAUCAUCCAGAGUUUUGCAGACGAAAUCUCCCCUGUUUCCUCUCCGCCGCCGCCACCUCCGCCGGCCACCGGCGACUCCUUGCCGGAGCUCGGGUACCUUCUUCUAGCCUCCGACGAUGAACUUGGUCUCCCGCCCUCCGACGCCUCCACUAGCCACGGCGGCGAGACGGAGGUGGUCGAACUGGCGCGGGCGUCGUCGGAGUCGUCUGGGAUCGGAGAGAUUUGGGGAUUUGAAGAUACAGUUCCGAGUUACGAGGCGUUCGAGUUGGGGGAAGGAGAGAGAUUUUACAACGAUACGACGGAAUAUGUGGCGUUUGAUGGACUGUUUGAACAUUCCGAUGUGUACUCUGUUUUCUCGUGA